CUGAAACUGCGCGCCGGUGGCGCGAGCUUCCCCGCCGCCAUGUACAGAGACAUCACCUUUGCCUACAGCUUCCUCCACCCCACGACCGGCGGCGUUGACAUUUCCUACCACUCUGUCGGAUCCUCGGCAGGCAAGCGGUGGAUCGUGGACGGAAGCCGGAGAUGUGACGGCGCGCGGCCGUGCGUCACGCUCGACUGGGCCGCCUCCGACUCCCUCCUCACCGAAAGCGACUACGCCGCAUACCCGGACCUGCGAAUGUUCCCGACAAUGGCAGGCGCAGUCGUGCCGAUCUUCAACCUGCCGGGAUUCAGAGAGGGGGAGGACCUACUGCUGACGCCCGCGCUGGUGAGCAAGGUCUUCCGCGGCGCGGUUACCCACUGGGACGACCCGGAGAUUGUCUCCAUCAACCCUCACCUCGCGCUCCCCUCGGCGCGGAUCGUGCUCUGCGUGCGUGCGGACGGCAGUGGCACGACGGAGAUAUUCAAGAAGGCCCUCUCCGCCUUCGAGCCAGAAUUUGCAGAGCGGGUGGGUGCGAGCAGCAACGCUAAAUGGGGACCCACCAACGUGACGCGGCGCCGGCUCAACAGCGGUGUCGCCUCCUUUGUGGCUCACACACCAUUUGCGCUCGGCUACUCAGUGCUUGCUGAGGCGCGCAACGCGGGCCUUCCAUUCGCCACGCUC